UCGACUUUGCGUUAAAUAAGUAGCUAAUGGCAAAGGCAAACAGUACAGCCCAGUAUCAACAGAUAUCGGCAAAUCUAUCGUCACCUAACGAUGUCUACAGGUCUGUGCGUGUUAAUGGACGUUAUGUAACUCCUUGGGGUGGUCAGAGGCCUUCACUGACCUCGGCUCUUAGAUGGGGCUUGUUUAUGAAGAACGAGCGAGGCAUAGGUGGUGAAAUGAAAGAUUUCUACAAAUACAAAAAAGAGGAGCUCGAAAGUAACCUUCCAGUAUUACCUAUCAACCAAUCAGCAUUGACGUCACCUCCAAGUGACAGCAUGCAGGUCACAUGGCUUGGUCAUGCAAUGGUGUUGGUACAGAUUGAUGGUCUCAAUAUCCUAACCGAUCCUUGCUUAAACAGUUUCUGUGGUCCAGCAAGGUAUCUAAGCAAGAAGCGUUAUCGGCCUGCACCAUGUACUGUGGAGGAUUUACCAGAUAUUGAUGUGGUCUGUGUCAGUCAUAAUCAUUUUGAUCAUUUGGACAGUGAGACAGUAAUUAACCUGAACAAAAAGUGUAGUGCAACAUUACAUUGGUAUGUGCCGAUGGGAAUGAGAGACUGGAUGGUCAAACAUGACUGUAUCAAUAUCACAGAGUUAGAAUGGUGGGAGGAUACCUUACAUCCUAAACAUGACAAUGGCCUCUCAGGAGUGAGAUUUAUCUUUGUUCCAAGUCAACACUGGAGUAGAAGAGGGAUGUUAGAUGAAAACAAGUCAUUAUGGGGGAGUUGGUGUGUGAUAGGAUCAAAGCAGAAGUUCUUCUUUGCAGGGGAUACUGGAUAUCAUGACCAAGUAUUCAAACAGAUAGGACAUCAUUAUGGGCCUUUUGAUUUCUCAGCCAUCCCUAUCGGUGCUUAUAAACCCAGAUGGUUUCUGAAAUUCCAGCAUGUAGACCCCAGUGAAGCGGUACAGAUCCAUGAAGAUGUGAAGUCUAUGCUAUCUCUUGGUAUUCACUGGGGUACUUUUCCUCUUGGGUAUGAGCACUAUAUGGAUCCACCUCGUGAUCUCAAAGACGCUUUGGAGAACAGACAGAUUGACACCUCAACUUUUAUUGUUCUGAACCAUGGAGAAAGUAUGAUAGUCCCUCCACCCAGAGAAACAAUCCUCUGAUGGGCUUCCUGUGGACCAUGGACCCAGAGAGACAAUCCUCUGAUGGGCUUCCUGUGGACCAUGGACCCAGAGAGACAAUCCUAUGAUGGGCUUCCUGUGGACCUCUAAUGGGCGUCCUGUGGUAUGACCCCAUCAAGAAGUCAAUGCCUGAUUGAAUGCUGAUAAAUCCAAAGACUUUUCAAAAUUAGCACUAAAAAUAAAUUUUAUAAUUAUUGUAUUUUAAGUAUUUAUGUUAUGGUUAAAUAAUGAGGAUUGAUGCUUUAGAGUAGACCUAUAGUUUUAUUAAUACUAUACUAGUCCUAUAUUUAGUAACUGUUUAUCCAUACACAUAUAUAUAUAUAUAUAUAAUUAUUUAUUUUAUCACACAAAAAAUUAUUUAAUUUUUUUUUAAAACAUGUAAGAAUAUAUAUCAAACUAGUUAUUGAUAAUAUGCAAAUACUCCCAUUUUGAGAUCGCUUUUGCUUAGUCUAGACUCGAUUGUGUACAAAUGUGUUCUUUUCUUUCAUUAAGGUCCAUUGUAUAGUAAGGAAUGUACGUAUACUAUGCAACAAUACAAGUUGAUUAAAAUGCCACAGGUUUUGGUUGAAUAGCUGAAUAUUAUAAUGCACAAAUGAGACUCUGAGGCUGAGCAAAGAGUACUUGAAACUGGAGUAUUCAUGCACCAAUACAUUUUUUCACCAACCAUUCAUAGGUUUAUUAUAAUUUAUAUAAAAAUGCUCCAAAAUACUAUGACUAUUAAUUUUGUAUUGGAUUUGUUUGUUGGAAAUUUUCAAAAAUACUUCUAAAUAUG